AUGUAUGGCUAUCUGCGCGAAACAGAUGACUCCACUUCUAUCAAUUUUUCGGCCUACGGAAAGUUUCUACCAGGCGAACGUAUGUGCUAUCUUUGUUCUAUUUAUUGAGAAACCAUCCAGUUAAUAAUUUCAGAUACUGGGCUGCAAUUGCUGACAAUUGGAGCAAAAUUCAUUAGAAUAUUUCGUGUCAAUCCAUACGUUUUGGUUGAGCCGGGAGAGAAUAUCAAAACAUGGCAACAAAAAACGAAACUCGAGUGCAUGUUUUCCUGUCGCCUGUUGAACAAAUGUCAUUCGGUAGCGAUUGCUAAAAUUCCACGUACGCUUUUUUCAAUUUGUUGAUGCUAACGAGGUCAUUACAGAAUAUCCUAGUCAAGAUUCUAUUCUUAUGACAUUCGACGAUGCGAAGCUGUCGAUUGUGACGGUUAACGAGAAAGAAAGAUGCUUGCAAACAAUUUCAUUACACGCAUUCGAAAACGAUUACCUCCGCGACGGGUUCGUUCGCCACUUUCGUGAUCCGAUCGUUAGAGUAAGAACAAACAUUCGUCUGAAUUUGAAAUGUAUAUAUUUCAGACCGAUCCUUCAUACCGAUGUGCAGCUUCAUUAGUGUAUGGAAAACACAUAGCCAUUCUACCAUUUCAUGAAAACUCUAAAAGAAUCCACAGCUAUAUUAUUCCAUUAAAGCAAAUUGACCCCAGGUUUGUUUUUUUCAAACAAAGAACCCCUUUCAUUUUUUCAGACUUGAUAAUGUUGCCGAUAUGGUUUUCCUUGACGGAUAUUAUGAGCCCACCAUCCUUUUCCUAUAUGAACCACUGCAAACAACACCAGGAAGGUAUAGCAGACUAUAGUUUUUCGCUCCAUGUACUUUUGUCAUUUUAGAGCUUGCGUUCGGUUUGAUACUAUGUGCAUAAUGGGAGUUUCUGUCAAUAUAGUAGACAGACAGUUCGCAGUGGUCUGGCAAACGGCGAAUUUGCCUAUGGACUGUAAUUCUUUACUCCCGAUCCCGAAGCCUUUGGGUGGUGCCAUGGUUUUCGGCUCGAACACUAUUGUGUACCUGAACCAGGCUGUACCACCUUGCGGAAUUGUUCUCAACAGUUGCUACGAUAAUUUCACCAAGUUUCCGCUCAAGGACAUGAGACAUUUGAAAAUGACACUAGACUGCUCGACCAGUGUUUAUAUGGAAGAUGGUCGGAUCGCAGUAGCAACUCGUGACGGCGACCUUUUUCUCCUGCGAUUGGUGACAUCUUCCGGUGGUGCUACAGUGAAGGCAUUGGAGUUCAGUAAGGUCUAUGAAACGUCCAUUGCAUUCUGUUUGACUGUCUGUGCGCCUGGACACCUUUUUGUUGCUUCACGUCUCGGAGAUUCUCAAUUGUUAGAGUAUACUUUGCUCAAAACAACUAGAGGUUGUUCUCAAAUGGGGUUGUGUAGAGGUUCUUUCCGUUUUUAACACUGUUUAACAUCGUUUUUUUGCGAUGGAAUUACGGUAAUUAACGAAAAAUAACUGAUUCUCUGCAUAACCCUAUAAAUUAAUUAAACGAAAUGUUCCAUUUCAGAAAGUGCUAAACGACAAAAGUUGGAAAAUACUCAAAUUGAAAUGAAACUAGAUGAAGAUGAUUUGGAGUUAUAUGGUGGUGCUAUAGAAGAACAACAGGUCAGUUGUUUCUGAGCGCUAAUAUUUUCAAUGUUCAAUUCUUAGAAUGAUGACGACGAACAAAUUCUCGAAACCCUAGAAUUCCAAGAACUCGAUCGACUGAAGAACGUCGGUCCGGUCAGAUCCAUGUGUGUCGGAAGACCUAAUUACAUGAGUACCGAUUUGACCGAUUCCGACAGGAGAGAUCCAGUUUUCGACGUGGUAAAGGAACAUGAUAGCUUUUUUUCAAAUUUGAAAAAGAGCUAGGAAGAAUUGGGAAAUUUUGAGGGAACCGCCGACAAAAUAAAAUAAAAGCGUGGGCGUUUAUUUUGAGCACGGAAAGGGCGUAGAAGUAUGAAAUUUACCUAUUUGUCUAGAAGAAUACAUUCAGGUGACAGCAAGUGGACAUGGAAAAAAUGGAUCGCUUUGCAUUCACCAACGAUCUUUAAGGCCAGAUGUUAUCACAAGCUCACCGUAUGAUUUUUUGCGCUCAGGUCUAUGUGUAAACAAGUUCCUUGCAGACUCGAAGGAGCCGAUCAACUUUGGGCAGUGGGAAGAAAAGAAAAUGAAGCGCACAAGUAGUAUUCGAAAUUGUUUACUAGAAUAAAACAAUCUCUUUAGAUACCUGAUUGUGUCUAGAGUUCGUUCCACGUUGGUUUUGGAGUUGGGAGAAGAAAUGGUGGAGCAAGAAGAUAAUUUAUUUGUUUCUGGCGAGCCGACGGUGGCCGCUGGAGAGCUAUCGCAAGGAGCUUUUGCUGUUCAGGUAUCUUUGCAGUUUUGAUAUUUUAUCAAUAUCCACAUCUUUCAGGUUACUUCCACGUGUAUCGCAUUAGUCACAGAUGGACAACAACUGCAAGAAGUCCACAUCGAUUCGAACUUCCCUGUUGUUCAGGCGUCAAUUGUCGAUCCUUACGUAGCACUGCUGACUCAAAACGGAAGACUUUUAUUAUACGAGCUGGUUAUGGAACCAUAUGUGCAUCUGAAGGAGAUGGAUCUUGCUAUGACUCCUUUUGCAAAUAAUACGAAUAUGGCGCAGUUGACAUCUAUUUCAAUUUACGCGGAUGCCUCUGAAAUUAUGGUGUGUAACGAGAAAAUCGAAUUGUCUGAAAAGACAGUUGAGCAUCACACCGUCGAUGUAAAGAAAGAAACGAACGAGGAGGAUACUUUGUACGGGGAAGAUGAUGAUUUCUUGUACGGAGACGCUGUUGGAUCCGGAGUCUUUCUGGAGCACAGCCACGCUAUGGAAAGUAAGAUUGCUGAGUAAUGCCCACGAAGGCAUUUGAGACUGUUUCCAGACGGAGAUUCAACACUGAGAAAUCAAAAUACCCGGAAAAGAAGACGACUUGGUCAUGAUGCUAUUCAGUCCAGUCGAGGUGGAGAGCAGUCCGAUGCGAUUGAUCCCACGAAAACAUAUGGUAAUUAUUUGUUUUUGCCAAUCGCAAAUACGAUAGUUUGUUAUCAGAAAACCUCACCCACUGGCUGCUGGUAUCGCAUGACAAUGGGAGGUUAGUGUUCCAUGCGUUGCCUAACAUGGAAAUCGUCUAUCAAAUCGGUCGGUUCUCGAAUAUUCCCGAAGUCUUGGUGGACCUUACUAUCGAAGAGGAAGAUAAAGAACGAAGAGCCAAAGCUCAGCAAGCUGCGAAAGAAUCUGCAUCAACCGAUGAAGAACAAACAAAUGCUGAAGUCAGGAAAUUGUGCGAACGCGUUCUUGAAGCACAGGUUGUUGGUAAUUUCUGAGUUUUGUAAUGAACACUUAAAGCAACGUUUUGAGGAAUGGGAAUCAAUCAAGCACAUCCGAUUUUACUGGCAAUUGUAGACGAACAAGUCGUAAUGUAUGAAAUGUUCUCGAGUAUCAACCUAAUUCCUGGUAUCUUUGAAUAAUGGAAUCGUUAAGCGAAGUCGGUUCAGGUCAUCUCAACAUUUCCUUUCGAAAACUACCACAGUUUGUUUGUCUAAGAACGUCUCCAUUCGUUACAGCUGACGGAAAGAGAGCUCCGGUUUGUGGUUGAGUAAAUCAGAGAAAAAAUAAUUCAUAUAAUUUAGUUAGAAAAUGAAGUAGAAAAUGGUAAACGUUAUCCUUUAAUUCAACCAUUCGAAAGGAUAUCGUCGGUAAACAACGGUGUCAUGAUUUCCGGUUCUGUUCCUACUGUAUUGGUGUAUGGUACAUGGGGAGGAAUGCAAACCCAUCAGAUGACAGUGGAUGGACCGGUUAAGUGAGUUUAUUUCAAUUCGUUUUUUAAUCCAAGCUUUGUUUUCAGAGCAUUCACUCCGUUCAACAACGAAAAUGUUCUCCAUGGUUUUGUUUACAUGACUCGAAAACAGUCGGCCCUUCGCAUUGCUCGGUUACAUCCAGACUUCGACUAUGAAAUGUCAUAUCCAGUAAAAAAGGUUGAAAUAGGAAAAACUAUUCACCACGUACGAUACUUGAUGAAUUCUGAUGUGUACGCUGUUAUUUCAUCAAUUCCGAAAUCUAGUAAUAAGAUUUGGGUCGUCAUGAAUGAUGAUAAACAAGAAGAGACUCACGAAAAAGACGAAAACUUUGUUCUUCCUGCUCCUGCGAAGAAUUCGCUGAAUGUGAGUGUGUUCUGGGAAAUACACCCAGGAGGCGUAAUCAGAAGCCCCCAUAGCUGUAUAGAACAUCUGAAUAUGAAUUUCAGUUGUUCUCCUCACAAGAUUGGCAGUUUGUUCCUAACACUGACAUUAUUUUCGAAGAUAUGGAAGCUGUGACUGCUUGUGAAGAUGUUUCGCUGAAGUAAGUUUUAUUAGUUACAAUUUUAUUUUUGGACAAGCAUGAUCACUUAGGUAAAUCGUUUGUAAUCUAGCUAGCUAAUUCGCGUUUCUAACCGGACCUAAUUAGAUUGCUAAUUUACUGCGAUUAGAUUGCAAAUUCUUCUAACUGGACUGAUAAAUUUCCUAAUUAGAUCGGCGAAGCUAAUUAGAUUGCAAAAACACUGAUAUUAGAUUAGACAUUUAUCUAAUUAGAUUUAAAUUUCGGGCAAACCUAGCUAGAUUAUGUUUAGAUUGAAAAAUCAGCUAGCUGGAUUCAGAAAUCGGUAGCAAUCUAACUAUGUCCGGUUAGAAACGAGAAUUAUUAAUAGCUAGUUAGAUUAGAAACGAUUUGCCUGAGCAGACAAAUGACAUCGCUACAUAGGACUGAAUUCUUUCUAUGUCCCCCCUCUGAUCAAAUAGUUUUGAAUUGCUAAUGUCGCUUCUGCACGUUAUUCUUCCAGAUUCGGUAGUAGGUGCCAUUGGCUAUUUUCUUUGUGUAUUCUUCGUUCUUAUCAUAUUUUCUCUGAAGCAUUUGCUUUUUUUGGGCCCUUCGUUUCGAGUGUUGGUACAAUCUGGUUCUUUAUUCCAUCCAGAUUCACUUUAAGGAAUUUCAAAUGACAAACACACAAAUAUGAGAUCUCGGAAUCUCGAGAGUUCAUUCAUCAUUCUGUCUUUUCCGCUUCACUGUCAUCCAUGAAAACAGAGCGUUUUUUACAAAGGGAAUUCAGAAAUAUUCCGAAAUAAUCUGGGUUCCAGAUUCUGGAAUUCCGAGAAUGAUCUUAAGCACGGCGUGCUGAAGCUUAUGUGCAAAAAUAAAAAUUACAUUUCGCGGAAAAAAUCACUAGUCUGAAUUGGCUCCGAAGCGACUCAUUUGCGUGGCUGGCACAGUGCCAGGCGAUAUGUAUACGGAUACAUAUAUAUAGUGUAUUCAAUAGAGCGGGUUUGCGGCACACAUACGCUUCAACUCGCCGUGUUAAGAUCUGAAUUUUCGAAAAGAAAGAGUCUAAGAAGGGCGUUUAGAUGCGUGUUUCCAGGUCCGAAUCUACAAUCAGUGGUCUCGAAACGUUCUUGGCCAUGGGAACUGUAAACAAUUACGGAGAAGAAGUUCUCGUCAGAGGAAGAAUCAUACUAUGCGAGGUUAUUGAGGUUGUACCAGAACCUGGCCAGCCGACAUCUAACAGAAAGAUCAAGGUUUUAUUAUUUAUGUUUUUUUUUAAAUAAUUUUUUUCCAAAGGUUUUGUUUGACAAGGAACAAAAAGGACCAGUUACCGGACUUUGUGCUAUCAAUGGACUAUUGUUGACCGGAAUGGGACAGAAAGUAAAUGGUUUUGUGGCAAGUAGUGGUACAUUUCAGUACGUUUCAGGUUUUCAUAUGGCAGUUCAAAGACAAUGACUUAAUGGGCUUGUCCUUCCUCGAUAUGCACUAUUAUGUAUAUCAGCUUCAUGCCAUACGUACCAUUGCUUUGGUGUGUGAUGCGAAAGAAAGCAUGUCGCUUAUUCGAUUUCAGGUUUUUAGUCGGACUGAAAAUUUUUGACUGUUUCAACUUUCAGGAAGAGAACAAAGCAAUGUCGAUUGCUUCACGAGACGACAGGGUGUCAGCACAACCACCGAUGGCGUCUCAGUUCAUAGUGGACGGUGUUCAUCUAGGAUUUGUACUCUCGGAUGAAACUGGAAAUAUUACUCUAUUUAACUAUCUACCAGAAGCACCUGAAUCGAACGGAGGUGAACGUCUUAGUGUUCGUGCUGCGAUUAACAUUGGAACGAAUGUGAACUGUUUCCUAAGAGUGAAAGGUUCGUGUACUCUAGUUUUCUUUACUUGCUAACAUCACUUUUCAGGUCAUACAUCAUUACUAAAUCUAAUUACUGACGAAGAAAAAGAUACUGUUGAACAACGUAUGAACACAGUAUUCGCAUCUCUUGACGGCUCAUUCGGUUUUGUCAGACCGCUUCCGGAAAAAUCGUACAGGUUUACUAGACUUUUAGCACCUGGGUCCCCUUUUAAAACUGGUUUUAAAAAUGAAAAGUGGUCGGACAAACAAAGAUACUAUCAGGGCAUUUUAAUGUGAAUGCGCUCUGUUGAGAAACCUUUCUUUUUGUGAUCUCCGGGGCCUAAUUUUUCAGGCGCGAAGCGAGUUUCCGUUGUUUUUCAUUUGAAUUCUGGAAAAACUAUCUCUGUUCUUUAUUGGCUGGAGAUCACAAUUGAAACAGAGCGUAUUCACAUUUGAAUGCCCCGAUAGUAGAAAGAAAGAAACGGAUACACUCCGAAAGCUUUUCAUUAAAAAAGAAUAAUGAUGCUUUUUUAAAAAUAUUUCAUUAUUUUCCAGACGUUUACAUUUUCUGCAAACUUUCAUUGGAAGCGUGACUCCGCAAGUCGCUGGUCUACAUGUCAAAGGAGCCAGAUCAGCAAAACCACCUCAGUCGAUAGUGAAUGGUAGAAACUCGCGCAAUAUGAUUGAUGGAGAUGUGGUUGAACAGUAUUUACAUCUGUCAGCGUAUGACAAACAUGACCUUGCUCGUCGUCUUGGAGUUGGCAGGUAAUUUCGUGUUUUUUAUUAGAACGGUUUUUUUUGUUUGCAUCCGUUUAUUGAGAUGAUUGGAUGGGUUAAUAAUAGGUUAUCAGUGUACAAGAGUAGGUAGACGAAUGGUACUUGACAGUCCAGCAGGAGACAUACCUAAGAUGGGAUACAAUUGAAAAGAGGGGAUUAGAAGCGGGAGAUUGAAGAGUCGAUCAAUAGUUAGUCGAUGAUCAAUACACAGGUGAUUCGCAUAGUUGUCACGGGCCGGGCCGGCCCGCACGGAUGGCCUCUUUCGGGCGUCUCGCGGUUGACACCUGAAAAACCGGACUAAUGCCGGUGGGUCUAUUGAGAACUCGGAGAAAGUUCUUCAAUAGACGCAUGAUGGACCGAUCACGAAAAUUUCAUGUUUAGUGGACCUAUCGCGAGCACUUUUCAGGGUAAACAGGCCUAUCAUAUGCGAAUUCGAGAAUUUUCGCGAUAGACGUAUUGUAGGCAAUUUUCUUCACGAUUGAUUCAUGAUAGGCAUAUCAUAGGCAUGCGUUCUCAAUAGACCGAUCGCGAAUCAACUGUGUAGUUGAGAACGGUUUUUGAAAAGGCAGAAUCAGUGCAAAAUAUCUUCAAAGGAGUGGUGCGAAUUGUAACACAAGUAGCGUUCAAAAUGAGCUUGAUGACGUAGCCAAAAUAUUUUUACAAAAAUCGGUAAAAUGUAUUAGAUUUUGAAGUUCAAGUUGGUUAAAGAAUAUUUAACCGAAUUUUGCCCGCCCCAAACUGGUUUAUCUUAAGGUACCACAUAAUGGAUGAUCUCAUACAGCUGCGAAGAAUGGCUUAUUUCUACUAA